AUGCUCUCUAUGCCAUUUGAUUGUGAUCAAUACUUUGGUGAACAUAGACUAGCCAAUAUUGGUCGCCAUGCUCUACAUUUGUUUCUAAGAGGAUCUAUCCGCAACAAGCUUGGGUUCCGUGUGUUACUUUCAAACAUGUACAGGAGUCAACUCUUACAAAGCCUGAUGGAUGCUAACCGUGAAACUAAGAACUUUGUUUGGCAAGGAAGCAGAUGGUGGUUGUUGGGGAUGGCCACAGCUUGGAUACUGAUCAUUCAAGUUGAUGUGUCCCUUUUGGUUGACUUGAAAUUGGCUGGGGUCAUGAAUGGUUACAGCUCGUCUCAGUUCAAAUCGGGGAACCCAUAA